AUGGUUGAUGAAGAUCAAAACUACCAUUCAGAAGAUGUUCCGACUUCCCAUGAUGAGGAAAGUAUGUCGUACGCUGAGGACCCGAUUGACGAAAUCGAAAUCAAGCCUACUGAAGUGCAACAAGAGAAAACAGAAGAAUUUCUACUCUGCGAGCAACAUCACAACGAAUCUGAAGAAGAACAGGAGAACACUUCCCCAAACAUUGGUUCAAAAAGGAAAACAUCCGAGGAUCUGGCAUUACAAAAGAGCACGAAGAAGCAUGCUUCUACUGAAAUGAAAUUUCGAUCGUUCAAAGUAAACUGGUCAAAAAUUAGUGAUGGUUUACUUAAACGUUUGUCUGACCUUCAAAAUUUUCGUGACAAUAAUCCGGCUCUGACUGUUCCGCGUUCGAUUCAACUUUCAAAGUCCGAUAUGAGCAACCUUUGCAAUGCAGUUGUCGACCAGCUUAGGUUAAUCGAUACUCGUAUCAGUGCGUGCGUUAUAGAAGUAGUAGCCAAACAAAUCAUAGGGAAGUUCCCAUGUUUGAAUUUUGUCGAUGAUGACGGCUACGGGAACGGUCAGAGUUUCGUUGUAUGGAAGCAUAAAAUGAUUAACAGAAGCACGUACCUGAAUCGGUUCAAGGAUCCAGGUGUACCAGUACCAUCUACUUCUGAAGUGAAAAGAAAUCGGAACGUGAGAGCCGGAACAUUGAAAGAGUAUUGGGAGCAUUCAUCGAAGGAAUGUGCCAAGGAGCUGAUGUCUAAACUAAUGCGGGACGAGCCCAGUCUAUUAACUGAAGGAUUUUUGGAACAAUCACAAUCCUACGUCCGCUUCCGAUUUGAUCAAGGAACCCUAAAGACGACACUUGAUGGACUUCCCGUUCUCAGACGGCGACAACUGCUAAGCUUUCAUUUUGAAAAAGCUACCGGUGUUGCAGCAGACUCUUUGGGAACGUACUUUGCAGCAAAACGGAACAAGUUGAUUGACUAUUCAAGAAGUACAUGUAAAAAUCUACACUUGGAAGAUGCAACCUCAGACUACGAGAUCCUGAAAUGUCUGUGUUCACUGUUGGGUGAAAACCUUUUGGAUUUGAUCGAACAGAAAGAGAUAGGAACUCCUCUGCUCCAAAUCACCACCAAAAGUCCAGGACCAGCAAUCGUUGCCGUAGAUAUAGGUAAUGGGAAACUGAUGUACUACGUCUUUGCCGAGCAAGUACGAUUGACUGAAGGUACCGAGCGCAUAAUUAUUGCCAUCACCGAUCUUAUGUGUGUUCAUUACGUACAUAACUUCAUGUACAUGAAAUGUGUAUCAAAAUUUCUGGAAUUCGUGCAGGAGUAUUUUUUGAAAAUACUACCACUAACUGGGUCGAAGUCCAGAGCAACGCGAAAGAACCAUCAGCAGCGAGUUGUCACCAGAAUCAUCACAGCAAUCGCCAAUCAUAAUGUGAAGGAACUCAAUCAAUGA